CUAAUUGUUUUAAAUACAAUGGAAAGUGAAAGUAUUUAUGCUAAUACUAAUGAAAAACAGUCCAAAUCGAGAAAAACGCCUGAUGAUGAAUGGUUGGAUACAUACAAAUGGCUAGAAUACAAAAAUAUAAAUGGAGAAAUCAAAAUAAUAAGUCAACUUAAAUCAAUUACUUACUUGGUCAAAACUUGCGAAAAUCCAGAAAAUUACAACAAAAUUUUUAAACUUUUAACUCAACAUGAUCAACCAAAUAAAACUCCAACCGUCCUCUACUAUCCAAAUAUGAAUUAUCACAAUGAAGAUUUUUGUCCAAAUUGGGGGCUUGUAAAAAAAAGCUUGGGAAAAACAAUAGAAAGAUUUUUGUUUAAUGAAAUUAGUAAAGUUAAUUAUUGGUCAUUAAUCAUUAAAGAAGUUGAUAUCAACAAUGAUAAAUUUUUCUUUGUAAUUAGUUAUUAUGCUAUUUCAUAUUCACCUGUUGCCAGAUACUUGGGAUUGUGA